AUUAAUCGCUUAAAUAUGUUAUUAAUUACAUCAGGAUCUUUUGUGUCUUUUCUUCAUUGAAAACACAAAUAUAUUUAGAUCUCGGAUUGCCUGUUUGUGGAGUAGCCUAUUUAUAUUUUCGUGAAAAUGUUGAGGAAUAUUAUUUACGAAUUAUCUUUCUUACAUUUUUUCUUUUUUCUCAUAAACGGUGUGUUAAGUGUUGAUGGAGAUGAAGUGAAGUCAGUGUCAGUGAUGGAGGGAGAUUCUGUUACUCUACACACUGAUAUUACUGACAUACAGAGUCGUGAUCACAUACUGUGGAUGUUUGGACCUCAAGAGACUCGUAUAGCUGAAUUGUAUAAGCAAGGCAUAGAUAUGUUUGAUAGUAACAAGAUAUUUGGAGAUCAGAGACUUUUACUGAACAACCAAACUGGAUCUUUCACUAUCAGAAACAUCAGUAUCGAGCUCUCUGGACUUUAUAAACUACAGAUCCGAAGUGACAGAGGAAAUUCGGACAAGAGAUUUAGUGUAACUGUUUAUGCUCAUCUGCCUGAUCCUCUCAUCAGCAGAGACCCUUCACAAUGUUCUAAUUCAUCAUCAUCUUCAGUCUCAAAAUGUGUGUUGUUGUGUUCAGUGUUGAAUGUGAGAGAUGUGAGUCUGUCCUGGUACAAAGGAAACAGUUUAUUGUCCAGCAUCAGUGUGUCUGAUCUCAACAUCAGACUCUCUCUACCUCUGGAGGUUGAAUAUCAGGAUACAAACACAUACAGAUGUGUACUCAACAAUCCCAUCACAAACCAAACUCAACAUCUCAACAUCACUCAUCUCUGUCAGACGUGUCCAGAGCAAAGUCAGAGGACCCAUGCAGCAGUUAUUCUUGUGGUUGUUCUUCUGAUUGUAAUUGCAGUUGCAGUUGUAAUUAUACUGUGGAGGAAGUACAACAGAACACCUAAUAAUGGCAAGUGUCAACUCCAGCUAUACAGUACUUUAAAAAGCAUGAAUUAA